CUUUUGCUACUCAGCUUUAAAAGCUACUUGUGGCUGCAUAAUUUACACCCAACGCUUUAAAUAGCACACUCGAGCUCUUCCAUCUUUUUCCUGCUCUUUUUUCUCUUUUACUUCAUCAUCAUCAGAAAAAAAUGGUAAACACCGUCAAAUAUCGAAAGUUCGAGGGCGAUCCCAUCUAUCGAAAAAACCGCAGCCCUUUCCUGGACGGAGUCGUAUCCGUGGAGAACUGUUUCUAUUACAUGUCCCUCCUUGAGAGCUUUUAUGAAGUAGAGCAGUCGAUGGGAGCUGAGCUUUUCAAGCUCUACAUUGUAGCGGCAGAAAGACGAUACCUAGAAUUUGUCCGUAAUUGUGGAAACAAUACUUUGCAAAAAUGGGAUCAGGAACAACCCGUGCCUUUGGAUAUCGCUUAUGCGUGGCAUGCGCAUUUGCUUUCUCCAUAUCGAUAUAUGGAAGAUAUUUGCUGCAAAAAGGAAGGUAUCCAUCGAAGGAAGAAUGACAAACCCGUCAUUUUCCUUUCCAAUCUAUCCUGGAAGCAGUAUUUUCCUUUAAAAGCAAUGCACGAUCAGAGAACAGGCAAACGUCACAGUGCUCGCUGGUACUCAACUGCCAAGUUUUUCGUAUAUCCUUGGUAUCUCACCAAAGCCCAUCUGGAACGGAGAACGUUCAUUGACCAUAACCCAAAAACAGAAAUUGUAAGAAUUGAUAAUCUUACGGAAACCUUCGAGGAACAAGUUCACAGGAGAAGUGCACUGUAUAUUCACUGUGGUUUUUGCAAUGACAGAAUUUAUAUCCAAAACUGGGAGAGCUACAUGGACUUUCGAACAGAUCCGAAUGUCGCCUUGAAAUGCGCAAGGCUCGAUUGUGGAAAGGAUACCACUGUUGACACGCUUGCAGUUAAUGAACUAUUGCUAGGAUUGCAAUAUGAUAAAAACAUAAAGGGUCGGCAAUUGGACAACAAUGGCAAAACAAGAAAUAUUCCUCUUGCCGAAACCACGGUUCUCAGAAAUUUAGAGAAUCGUGUCGAGUCUCUAAGGAAGACAGAUCCAGAAAAAUGCAAGAGCGUCGACAGAAUUUUAGAUACUAUCAACGAAGAGCAGCAGCGACAACAGCAAAUAUACUACCUUGACAAAGCAAACGAUUCCAGGAACGCUUCCUUUUCUGGAUUCGAAGAAACUUAUGGUUACGACUUACGUGUUGCAAAAGAUGUUGUAGCUACUCUACGAAGCACCUACACAAAUAAUCCAACACCAUUUUCAACCGAUCUGAUCCAAGCCAUGCUACAGCAGCGAGAGUUUAUAUCAACAAUGGUUACAAAAAUAUCGCCAAAAUGGAAGGAUCAUGCACGCGUUGAAAUCCCUAGUGCGAUAAACGAUUAUCACGACUUUUUGCUGCUCAUGAAGAAGCAAAAGAAUGGCAAAGUACCUCUUCCUACGUGGGCUGUCGAUUUUGUCUGGCAUGUACACAUGAUGCAUCCUUGGCGCUAUUUCAGUUUUAUGAACAAUGAGUUAGGCCGAGUCAUAAAUCAUGAUAAUACUCUAGACCCUUCCAAAGUGAAAGAGCAUCUUACUGCAACGGAAGAGUCUUGGACAAAUUUCCCUCCUCCAUCAUCAUUUAUACAGCGGAACUUAGACGUGACCAUGAUGAAAGGACUUGCGCGACAGACAUUUUCCAAACCCAGAAAUGAAGCUGCGCUGAAUCCUCGAGUAUAUAAGCAGCUGAAAGAUACCCUUAUCAACACAAACGUGAAAAAAAGGAUAUCUUUUAAAACGCUUGAAGACUUUAGUUUUCACAAUAGCGAUGACGGGUUACAACACAACAUUCCUAUCCAUAGUGGCUAUGUUCUUCGCUAUGCUACCCUGCCACAGACUGCUAUGAAAGGCAGCAAUCGGGGUUUCCUCUAUGCAACAGCAUCAUCGGAACGUCUCGUUUCUGCUGAUACUGGAUACUUGAAGAUGGACGACUUGUUCCGACCUACCGACAGCAAAGAAUAUCUUAACGUCAAUAUUAAUUUAACAACUUCAUCGACCACAUUGCUCACCAUCAUCACAUUGAUCUUGAACUAG